GCCCGGAAGAGGCGGGCGCGCGGGGCAGCAAUGGCGGCGCCCUGGGCCCCGCCGGCCGCCGCCGCCCUCACGGUGCUGCUGUCGGUCGGUGCCUCCGCGCCCGGGCUGCUGCGGGGCGUCCCCGCCGCCCGCUCCGCCGCCGCGCUGCGCCCCGCAGCCCUGCACGACGGGGAAGUUCACAGGUUGCUCACCUACAUCUUCAUCUACGAGGACCUGGCCUCCCUGGCCUGUGGUGCUGUGAUCACCUGGUACUUCGCUGGCAGCUUUGAGAAGAACGUGGGCACAGUGAAGCACUGCGUCCUCACCGCCGCCUUCUCCGUGCUCUCUGCCCUCCUCUUCCUCCUCCUCCAGCCCCUGGUCUCCAGGCUGCUGGAAGUGGGGGAUGCCAAAGGCUUCCUGCCAGUGGCUUUUGCCAUGCUGGGUGUUUCCACCACGCGCUCACGCCUGAGGAGGACUCUGCUCUUUGGCUGCAGAGUUCCUGUGCUGCUGGUGCCCUGGCUGGGGCUCUGCCUGGCCUGGUUUGUCCCCCACUCCUCCCUCCUGGGGAACCUGUGUGGGCUCCUGGUUGGGGAGGCCUAUGGUCUUGGCUACUGUUUCUGCUUGGAUUUUCCAGAGUCUGUGGGCUCUAAGCUGGACCGGGUGUUCCCUUUCACUCUGCUGAGGAGGAUUCCAGGGCUGAAAUACAUCCCAGGCUCCUCAGCAGAGAGAAGAGCCUCUGCAAACAGCAUGAUUAAGGCUGUGCCUGGCACUUACCCCACCCAGAGCCACCACUGCCCUUCGCCUCCGGCUCUUCCUGCUGGCCCCAGGGCUCAGAGCCAGGGCUUUCAUCACAGCCACGCUCUGGGACACCACCAGGGACACCUGGCACCUCAGCAGGGCCCUGCUGCAGGACACAGCCUCAGCUCUUCCCUCUGCCAGGCCAGAGGUGCCUUUGGAGAGUGCCCUGGGCAGGCCCAGGCUGGAGCCUCACCAGGACAGUGCUGCCAGCUGGGCAGAUUGUCUGUGCCACAGCGUGUGUGCCCGCCUCAGGCACAGCCACCCACAGCCACGGGCCUUCUGGCUGCUGCUCAGCAAGCUCCAGGGUGUCCAGCAGCCCCAGUGACCCCUGCUGCAGCUGAAUUUACCAGAGUCCAGGUGUACUGAUCCUCCAGAGAGCAGCAGGGCUCAGCAGGGGCAGGGCUGCUGUGUGAGCUUGCAGUGCAUUGCUGGAUCUGUGCUGUGCCUGGGUGAGUGUUGGUACCUCCAGUGAAGGCCAGUCCCCUGCUUCCUGGCACAGUCUACUUGAAUUAUAUUUCCUGGAGGAUGGGAACUGUAUCACCUCUGAACUUCUCAUCCUUUUUCUUCUUUGCUGCAUUUGGCAGCUGCCUUUUUCCACAAGUCCACUGGAGUUCCAGUGCAGCAGCCCCCCAGGCCAAGGCAGGAACCUUAGUGGCAAAACACUGAGCAGAUCUGGGGUUUAGCUAAGCUGCAGCAAUAAGCACUUCCCAUUUACAUUCCUGUCUUUUUUUACAGGUGUGAUGUAGCUAGAGCCCAAAAGAGUGGGAAUCAUAUGAGCCUUAGUUUGUAACCUAAAAUUAAAUGGAGGAGGACAAUGUCUGUUUGUACUGGUGACUUGUCCACUUGAGAGAGUGCUUUGAAGGGGGCUUGUUACACCAGCCUGGGGCAAGAGGAUAGAAUACAGAGUGCCUUCUGCUCCAAAACACAGCUCUAGAUGCUGAAGGUCCUAUGCCUGCAUCCAUGGAUUGCCUUAAUUUUUUGAGAGCAUUGCACCAGCUCAGCCUGUAGCACCAGCACCUGGCAACCUCAGAUGCCUGUGAAGUAGUGAGGGACUUUUCAGUGAGGGAUUUUGGCCCUUUGUGGAGCAAGUAUUUAUAAAUCCAAGGAGCUGGGAGGGACCUUAACAAUGGGUUAGAAGAAUUAAGUGGAAUGUAGCAGUGCUGCUGGGGGUGUUCACACUGCUCAGCUUUAGAAAUCUCACCCACCAAUAUUAGCACAAUCUCUCUUUUUUCAGAGUUGUGGGCAGGUGUGUGGGAGAGGGGAGUUUUCAGCCAGGGAUUUACAAUAGGAUUCACUGUUUGGUGCCUGAGGCUGUAAUGAAGGAGUUUGUCCAGUUGCUGGGAUUUGAGCUUUAUUCCCAGUUAUGUAGCCCACUGUACAGUGCCCAGGAGGAAUCUGCUGUCUCAGUGUCUGUAAAUCAGCCAGGAUCUCAACAAUUGCCCUUGACUCUACUGGGAGUCUUGCUGUGCUCCAUGAAAAAGUGCUCCAUGAAGCACAAAGUGCCAUUCCUGCUCCUGGAGGUGUCCUUGCAGUGCCUCACCCAUCCCCAGAAGCUCAACAGCCUCGGGGCUCCUCCCUGCUCUCCGUGAGCCUGGCCAGAGGCAGCUCUGGCACAUCCCAAACCACAUCCCUGCCUCUUUCAAUUUUCCAUAUCAGGGUGUGAACAAACCCUGUGUUGUCAUCCAGCUGCUUUACUUCUCCAGCAGCCCCUCUGGAAUGACUGCCACGGUCCCAUGUGGGAUGCAGGGGCUUCCUUCUGGAGGAGACCAAAGGCAGUGCUGAGGACUGCACCUCACAGUAAGACAUGAGUAAGAUGCUCUUCUUGUGAGGGUGAGCACCCCAGGCAGGGCUUUCAGCAGGAGGAUGCAGCAGCUUGGGAACCAACUUGGAUUUGGGGGACAGCUCUGUUUCAUACCCGAUCAUUUCCUCUGUGGGAUCACAAAAAUAUUUAAUUUCAUGAUCCUGUUUUUCCUGCUGACAGCAAUUGCAUUUUUAUACUUUUAGUGUGGAUUAAGAGCAGGAUAAGGAGCUUGUUUGGAAUUCAAAAGCAUGUUUUUAAUACCAGGAAAGAAAUGCUAGAGAUAACAUUGAAAUGUUGACACUCCACUCCUGUUAGUGCCUUGAUUUUCCCUCCUUAUGAAAUCCUUGCCUGUAAACUUGGGAAUUUUACCACUGAUUUUUUCCAGAAGGGUGAUGAGGAUCAACAGCAAUCACAAAUGUUGUGUGUCUCCAAACUGUAAACUUGAAAUAGAAUCUGAAAGACA